UACUUUGCAAGGGUCUAGUCUGAAGGAGAGAGUGAGGCUGGUCAUGUGUCAUGGAACUCCAUCAUAGUUUUACUUCGUAAAUUCUGCAAGGACGAGAUCUAAUAAAGAGGAGCAAGUCACCUCUCUUUUCCAGCCCAAUCUGCUACCAGAGGAGACAGUAUGGAAGCUACUGCAAAAUUUGACUUCAAUGCAACAGGAGAGGAUGAACUGAGUUUCCGGGCUGGGGAUGUUCUGAAGAUUUUAAGCUCUAAGGAAGAGUGGUACAAGGCUGAGCUGAAUGGUUAUGAAGGAUAUGUCCCAAAGAAUUUCAUAGAUUUUCACAGUCCCAGCUGGUUCCAUGAAGACGUAUCCCGCCACAAGGCAGAGAAUAUGCUCAGGGGGAACAAAGUGGGUUCCUUCAUCGUCCGAGGUACUCAAAACCGUCCAGGCGACUUCUCCAUCUCUGUCAGACAUGAAGAGAACGUACAACACUUUAAAGUGAUGAGGGACCCAAAGGGCAACUACUUUUUGUGGAGCGAAAAGUUCCUGUCACUAAAUAAACUUGUGGAAUUCUACAAGACUUCUUCCAUCUCCAGACAUGCGCAGAUCUUCCUGCGGGAUGAGACCCAGAAAGAACAGCAGGUAAAUCUCAAGGAGCUCUGUUUUUACCGAGCCAGGGUGAAUGAGUACAUAUGAAGCAGAAGCAUGUAAUUAGGCGUCCUAAUGGACUUUUUCCAUGAGACAAACUUGUGCCCAAUCCCACCUUUUCUUUUCUUUUUUGUUAGCUUUAAUGUUAUAAAAAUCAAUUGAUUUUCGUAGAGACAUUUAUAAGUGAACCAGGAAGUGAACUUUCCAGACCAAGCAAUGUAGUAAAAUUCAUGAAAUUUGACGAUGAGCAUGACUGGGAAUUGCCCCUCUGGGACGGCUUGCCUAAAAAUAAAGGUCUUCAAUGGAAUAGAAGGUGGGGACUAUGGUGGAACUAUGGGAAGAGCAUUCAUGCUGGUUCAUUGAAAGGAUACAC